GUCCCCCUCCCUUGUUCCAAGUCGACCUGACAAGACCCUGACAAGACUCCUCCUUGACUCGGUCUCAAGCCCUUCCUUUACAAGGGCCCGCAUCUCCUUCCUCACCUUCCGUUGGCCCAUGCCCGCCGUCAGUUCUCUUCUACCUACCGGUUGAAUAGCGCUCCCUGUCAUCGAGACCACCGAGCAAUGGGUCUUACGCAACCGGCAACCUCGGAGCGAACAAUCCGCAAAAUUGACAUUGCCCAGGUGUCCCUCAGCCUCCAGGAUCGCUUGGGCCUCGCCAAAGUCAAGUACCAAAACGGCCGUCUACAUGCCCUCGGACCAAACCACAAUGGCGGGAUACAUGUCUGCUUGGGGAGUGACCGGCCUUCGGACUCGUCGUCGGAGAUCUCGCACAGCCGGAGUGAGACCCCAUUGACGCCGCCUCCCUUGCCUAACUCGUCCUAUUCGAAAGAACUACCUAGAUCAUCACGGAACAGACAUGCAGCAACUUUCGAUUCCAAGGCAAUGCAGCCGAUGCUGUCUGCGAGCCGAAAGCGUCUGCGGUCCGACUCGAUCACAGACCGGACGGUCAAAGCCCCUCGGGUUUCAUGGAAGAGUUCACAUCACCUGCCUGAGUCGUCUCCGGGCUUCAACCGCCAGCGUAUGAACCGGCACCUCCCCCUCCCGUUCAUGGCAGAGAUCCCCGAAUACUCAUCCCCGGCGUACCCUCCACACUCCGAGGAUGACAACGACCCCGACCUUCCCGUCCACAGCUUCCAACAUAUCAGCUCAUUUGCGGGCUCCUCACCUCCUCGCACGCCUCCUCCCAAGCACGCCCGUCUGUCUCGGACCGACCGAACAUUGCGGCAUGCUGAUGGGGCAGAUCUGCUUUUGUACCUGGCGAAUUCCCCAACUCCAGCCAAGUCCCAGGUUCGGGAUUUCCCUCCUUCUACGCCCCCGAGCCAGCAUGCCGCUCUGCCUUCGCUGACCCCGACCCCUGGCGGCGGUGUCUUCCCAAACUUCGGUACUCCCAAUCAACAGUUCAAUUUUGCCGAUUUUGUGAACGUGACACCCAGUCCUGCUCAGCUACCCUGGGGCGGUCGCACGCCUGGAGGCCCCUCAAAAACGCCCCUUGUAAACAGGGAGCGGAAGAGAUCCAACCUCGACGGCCUGCUGCCCCCGAGCACGGAUAGUCCCAGGAACCGCGGGAAAGGGCUUGCCAUGGUUCUCCAACUGGGUGAAGAGCUACGACCCGAAGCCCGCAAAUAAUCUGGAUGUACAGAUUUUUCUUUUCUUGUUUAUGCAUUCCCACCCCAUUGUUUAUGACUCCUAAUGACUGUUAUGUGCCCACUACCUUGUUUCCGCCCAUCUUCAUACC